AUGCUGCUCAGCGUGGCCACAGACGAGCAGAGCACCAACCAGCAGACGAACGCCGUCAACUUCAGCCUGCAGAACCUCCACGACCUCGUCACACCCUUCUGGACCAACAACCACAGCGACACGGGGCUCGUGCAGUUUUACAAGGGGCAGUUCGAGUCUUCUGAGUUCAUACAAGCUCAAGAGACGAACCCAAACGAUUUCUUCUUAGACUGGAUAUCGAAUCACGGAGUGGAUCGUUUUGAAACUAAGAUGGUGGUUGGUGCCAAGUUAAGCACACCCAACGUCAUAACAGCCUUCUAUCAACCUAAAGUUAUACAUUCCCAGGGAAUAGCUGUGCAGCUUAUCCUCGACGCUCGUGUAAAAGCAGAACUCGGUGGCGAGUACUCAGUACGGUCGGGCAUACAAGACGAUACCAGCCAACUCUCGGAAGAGCUUCACACGUUUGAGUUCAUCAACUUGAUCUUUGCGCUCGUCCCAAUACUUCUAGCCAGCAGGAUCAUCUCGGAGAGAUCGGAAGGCAGUAAACACCUCCAAGAGCUGUGCGGCACCUACCCCGGGGCCUACUGGUUGGGGACGUUUCUCUUCGACUACAUCGUCUUCACGGUUGUCGUCCUAACGAUCAUGAUGGUUCUCACCAUCAAGCCCCAGAAGCUCAUCAUACAUUCACGCUAUGUGGCCACAUUCACUUUCUUCAUGGUCUACGGUCUUUCAUCUUUUCCAAAUAUCUACUUCAUCGAACAUUUCUUCAAUAGAACAGCCAUAGGCAUCGUCUUUCUUAUUGUGAUUAAGGUUUCAGGAAUUUUUUUUGUGAGAAUGAUUGCCCUAAAUAAUUGGUUUAAGUCUGAAGAUAGCGCCAUCAUUGGAACUGUGUCGAGCAUGAUAUCACCUGACUACCUGUUCGCCUAUAUUUUACUAGGAUUAAUGAACUAUGAUUGCACUGACGACGAUGCUCAGACAGUGAGCGCUGUAAGUCCAUUUUUGGAAAAGGAUUUCGGCCUCCUGUACAGUAUUUUUAUCUUUCUGAUCAUCGCCUGCUUCUCUUGGCUCGCCGUCUUUUGUAUCGAGUUCAAGCUUCACAUUUUCUUAUGGUAA